AUGUUGCGCGAAGUUAAAGCGAAGAACCCGCGCACUGCGCGUAUCCUCAAGGCGCGAGAGCCUCAACUCAUCGAACCUCCCAAAAAGACUCUUUUGCUGCACGGGACGAAAUGCCCUCAAGCUCUCGACACCGUCUUGAAGACAUUCCACUCUCUCACGAAGCCCAACUCCGUCCUUUUCCACAAGAAGAAUGAGAACAUUCACCCGUUUGAGAACACAGAAAGCAUGGAGUUCUUGGCCAACAAGAACGAGUGCGGUCUGGUAGUCUUUGGAAGCAGCAACAAGAAGCGCCCCAAUUGUGUUACUCUCGGUCGAGUCUUCAACUCCCAAACGCUUGACCUUUGUGAAUUGAUGCUUCUUCCCGCCUCUGAUCAGAACGCCAUUCCCCCCUUCAACGAGCUUACCAUGCCCGUUGGACUUGGCAUGCGGCCGAUGCUGCUGUUCUCCGGCAGCCCUUGGGAGGACCCGACAUCAGGAGUGCACGUGAUGUUGAAGAGUUUCUUCCUUGACAUGUUCAAGGGGGAGGAGACCAACCAGAUCGACGUUGAGGGUCUCCAAUACAUUCUGAUGGUUGGUGCCGAAGAGCCCCGCGACGGCCUGUCCCCCGUGGUGCACCUGCGGUGGUACAAGAUUAUUACCAAGCGCAGUGGUCACAAGCUCCCCCGUAUUGAGCUUGAGGAUGUUGGUCCCAAGUUCGACUUCAAGGUCGGCCGCCACCGCCCGGCUACCCCCGAGGCCAUGAAGGAGGCCAUGAAGCAGGGCAAGCGUCCCAACGAAGACAUGAAGACCAAGAAGAACAUCACCAUGGACUCCAUGGGUGACAAGAUCGGUCGUGUCCACUUGGGCAAGCAAGACCUGACUGGCCUCCAGACCCGCAAGAUGAAGGGUCUCAAGCGCCGGGCAGGCAUCGACUCGGACGACGAGGACGAGGAGGAUAUGGAAAUGAUGGAUGUGGACGAGAUUCUGGAGGAAGAGGGCAACAAGCGUCCACGGACGGAUUGA